AUGCCGGUGCCGGCGAUGUGCCAGGCCUCGGCGUCGGCCAAAGGGUGGGAGAAUGGAAAGAUCACGACGGCCCGAGCCCUUCUUUUUUUCCCUCCUUCGAAUUCCGUCUCCUUCGUCUGGGUUCUUUGAAUCUGUCUGGGUCCAACGCGUUCGUUCGGUUUUAUCAAAGGGAAUCACACAAUCCUCCGUACGAUUGCGGUUUCGAUGGAAAGAUAGCGUUACCGUAACAUUUCUAACAAGAUGUUGUUUCUUCUGAAACGUCUUAAUUCUGGGAAACACCACAAAACAAACUCGCAAGGAUUCUUGCACCUUAUUUCUCGUACGAAAUCAAUUGAAAAGCGAAAGACGUAAUUAUUGUCGGCCCGAACUUCAAGAGUCUUCGAAAGUGAAUUAAACGCAUAAUGACAGUAAAAAGUUGGGUUUCAAAAAAUUUUCCAUUUCGUAGAGCUCUUUAUUGCGUGUCGAACAGUGUGCUUGCAAAGUACAGAACUUUCUAGUUAUGGAGGACAAAUAGUUCAAAGUCGCAGAGAAUUCCAAACGUUUCUUUUUGAGCCAAAAGCAAAAAGCUUUAUGAGAGGGAAAGUUGUAAAUCUCAUUUGAGAAUUUCUAUUGACUGACCGGCUCUCAAGUUAUCAAUUCUAUCAUCCUUCAAUUCAAAUUGUCCGGUUCCUUUGCACAUUUGUGCAUGUCAGUCAGAAACCUGAGUAACUUUUUUUUUUCAUUUGGAGUGACGACUAGAAAAUUUAUGACAAUGGCGGUACCACGCUGUGCCAGUGGAGCCUUGAACCCAAAAAGAUUUCGUCUGCCCUUUUCUUUUCUUACAAAAGCCUUUCAAACCUUUCCCAAAUUCAAACUUGCUGCAGUUGAUCCGCCUAAGUCAAACUUUUUGACAAAUGAUUGAAUUAUGUGUUUCACUCUUGUUUACACUGACUAAAUUCCGUGUCUAGAGUUUGAAGAGCACACUGAACGGAGUAGGUUCGAACCUUAUGAUACAAAAAAGUUUUUUGAGCUACAGCGUACCGAAAACAUCGCCAACAAAGGACGGCCAAAGUGGAAAGUGUCUGUUUUUUUUUUCUCGUUGUGUUGUUUUUGCCCGGUUUUAUUUACGUCUAACGCUUCAGCUGUUUAUUUUCGAUGCAAAAAAUUUGGUUGAGAAACGAUCAAAAAAACGAGGGAUUGAACAAAACCGAUCAAAACUCUUCUAUUUGAUGAAGCGGUGAAAACCUUUGAACGUGGCGUUAUCUUGAUGAAUAUCCUUUAUUUUGAAAAGGUCUGGAAUUCAAACCCCCCUUCACGCUGAAACAGCAACGAAACAAGCGUAAAAGAAGAAGAAAACCGGUAUACAUAAAAAAAACAGACAUAGAUCCCGGAAUUUCCUCGUUUUUUUCUCGUUUUGAAACGCUGAACACGGAAAUGAAAGGGAAGGCUAAAGAUUGGCAAAGGAAGAAAAAAACAGAGAAUGGGCUGUGUAAAUGCUUGGAGUGGCGUGUUUUGAAAGUUGUACACGACGACCUCAGACAAUAAUAGAAGUCUUUCUCUCAUUUACAUGGUGUUAUUGGUGACUCUUGGAGCAAAUAGAAGUUCAGAAAAUGGAGCAAACUAGAGAUCGAAAAAGUUGGAGCAACUUUGGAUCUAAGAUCUACGGUGGGGGAAGUCGGUUCACGUGCCAAAAGUUCGAUAAAAAAGCUGAGUGAUGACUUCACAGGAUGAGUCAGACGGAAACAUCGAGAAAAAAGGACUUGACGAAUUAUACAAACAUCUUGAGUGUGACUACAAAGGAAUAAACCUCUGA